CUCGGCUCCACUGUGUUGACGUGUCUUUCCUUCCCCUCUCUCUUUUCUGUGGUGCUGCUGGAUGGAGCCACAGUGACUCCACUAAGCACGAUAGCUGGUCUCUGAGUGACAAGACAGUGGUGGGGAUUUGGACAUCAUGGGAAUUAAAUUUUUGGAAGUCAUCAAACCCUUCUGUGCGGUUCUGCCAGAAAUCCAAAAACCAGAGAGAAAAAUUCAAUUCAGGGAGAAAGUACUAUGGACUGCCAUCACACUUUUCAUCUUCCUGGUGUGCUGCCAAAUUCCACUCUUUGGCAUCAUGUCAUCAGACUCAGCAGAUCCCUUCUACUGGAUGAGAGUCAUCUUGGCUUCAAACAGAGGUACUCUGAUGGAGCUGGGUAUCUCCCCCAUCGUCACCUCCGGCCUCAUCAUGCAGCUGCUGGCUGGAGCCAAGAUCAUUGAGGUUGGAGACACACCCAAAGACAGAGCUCUGUUUAACGGAGCUCAGAAAUUGUUUGGAAUGAUCAUCACCAUCGGACAGGCCAUUGUGUAUGUGAUGACCGGCAUGUAUGGAGACCCCUCAGAGAUGGGGGCUGGAAUCUGUCUUCUCAUCAUCAUCCAGCUCUUUGUUGCCGGUCUGAUUGUGCUGCUGCUGGACGAGCUGCUCCAGAAGGGCUACGGUCUGGGCUCUGGUAUCUCGCUCUUCAUUGCCACCAACAUCUGUGAGACCAUUGUGUGGAAGGCCUUCAGCCCCACCACCGUCAACACAGGCAGAGGAACUGAGUUUGAGGGCGCCAUCAUCGCUCUCUUCCAUCUGUUGGCCACUCGCACAGACAAGGUCCGAGCCCUGAGAGAGGCCUUCUACAGGCAAAACCUGCCCAACCUCAUGAACCUCAUCGCUACCGUCUUUGUGUUUGCAGUAGUUAUAUACUUCCAGGGCUUCAGGGUGGAUCUGCCCAUCAAGUCUGCCCGCUACCGUGGACAGUACAACACGUACCCGAUCAAACUGUUCUACACCUCCAACAUCCCCAUCAUCCUGCAGUCUGCGCUGGUUUCCAACCUUUACGUCAUUUCCCAAAUGUUGUCCACACGGUUCAGUGGCAACUUCCUGGUCAACCUGCUGGGAACUUGGUCUGACACGUCGACUGGUGGACCGGCUCGAGCCUACCCUGUGGGUGGUCUGUGCUACUACCUGUCUCCUCCGGAGUCUUUUGGUUCUGUUCUGGAUGAUCCGGUCCAUGCUGUCAUCUACAUCGUCUUCAUGCUGGGCUCCUGCGCCUUCUUCUCCAAGACCUGGAUCGAAGUCUCGGGAUCAUCUGCCAAAGAUGUGGCAAAGCAGCUGAAGGAGCAGCAGAUGGUGAUGAGGGGACACAGAGAGACCUCCAUGGUGCAUGAACUGAACAGGUACAUCCCCACAGCUGCUGCCUUUGGAGGACUCUGUAUAGGAGGCCUGUCCGUCAUGGCUGACUUCCUGGGAGCCAUUGGUUCUGGCACAGGAAUCCUGCUGGCUGUCACCAUCAUCUACCAGUACUUUGAGAUCUUUGUCAAAGAGCAGAGUGAAGUGGGCAGCAUGUCCGGACUGCUCUUCUAAAGGAAAUGCCAACUUUUCUGGAAAAACGUCAAACAUGGAGGAUUCACUCAAAACACGAUUUCCUUUUUUUUUUUAUAUAUUUGAUACACUGAACUCAUUCUUCAGAUCCCUUAGGUAAUCUCACUACCCAGCCUGCCCGUGUAGAUGAAACACUACUUGCUGGGUUGUGAAUAUUUCAAUAACUGUUGUCAAGUCCCCAGACUGCCGAAGUUCUCAUCAGCCGAAUGCCUGAAGUACCACACUGGUGUGUGUGGGCAUGAGUGGCACUGUCAUUUUUGGCAUACCUCUUGAAAUGUUUCAUAGUUGGUUGUUGAAAACUCUUGACAAAAUGUAUUGCGAACUACAAGCACUGCCUCCGGACAUUUCAGCAGUUACAAGAAAGCCAUGUCGUGUUCAUAACAGGUCGCAGUCACACCUGAGGUUCUUGGACCCAAUAGCUGGACGUGUAAAGUAUAAAUAAAAUAUACUUGUGCUCCU